AUGGCGCGGAAGAGUUCAUCAUCCCACUCCUAUGCUUGGCUGAAGGGCUUCGGAAUCUUCUGUGGGCUUUGCUGCCUCUACUUCACCUACUUCUUGUCCUCGGGCUUGCCCCACUCGGACCGUCACGGCCGAUGGCGCCGGGCCGCGCCCGCGCCGCCGGCGCUUGCGGACGCAUCCACCGUCGAGUCGGCGUCCAGCGAUGGCACUGGCGUCCCGGGGCUUUGGGACUUGAACUUUCAGGGAGUCUCGCUGCGCUCACACCUGCUGUUGUCGCCGCCGGCACAGCUGGUGGCGGUGGCAAGCAAAGAGGGAGGCCCUUUCGUGGCAUGUGGUGCGAGUGACGGAUCUAUGUGGACCUGCGGCACGUCCGGCAUCACGCUCGACGCGCGCAGCGCGUUCCACGGCGGCGCGCUUCCCGGUGGGACGGCCGCGGCCUGGCGGGCGCAGCGCUGGCGCUUCCGCUUCAGCGCCGCGGUGCCUGCGGCCGUGCUGGUGUCGGCAUGGCUGCCCAACGCGCUCGUGGAAGGCCACGUGGACGGCUCCCCCAUCGUGAGCCGCCGCCGGCCGCCGCUGGCGCGCCUGGCGGCCACAGCGACGGCCAGCAGCGCGUUUCCGGGGCGCGGACCGGAGAGGCUCCUGGAUGAUGACAGCGAGACGGAGUGGUUUGCGGCCAAGGGCAAGACAAGUGCUUGGAUUCAGCUGGACUUCGGAUGUGACAAGAAGAUCACCUCUGUGGCAUGGACCUGGUGGGCCAAAUCCAUGGCUGAUGAAUGGCUCUUAGAGAGCAAAUCCACCGGCGAUGAAACAUGGACCUUGCGUCGCAGCAGCGUCCGCGACGGCGUGAGUGCAGCGCCUUCCGACUUCAACGCGGAGGCGGAACUGGAAGGGUGGCCCGAGGAGCCCAGUCGCUGGGUGAGGCUCACCAUGCAGAAGGGCCAUCUGGACCCCUGGAACUUUGGUGUCUUCUUCGGCCUUCGCUCCUUCACCGCCACCGGUCGCGACGACUUCGCAGCGGACGGCGCGCGCGCCGCCUGGCCAGGUGCCCUGCGCGGAGCGGCGCCGGGGCUCUGGUUCGCGCUGGAGCAUCCCCGCGCGCGCUGCGAGGUGGACGGUGCCGCGCGGCGCCUGAGCCCUGAAGAGCCAGAGGUGUGGCGACUGGCCAGGUGCACCUUACGCCUGGCCGAGCGCGUUGCUGGCAACGCCCACGCGAACCACGCGGUUCACGGUGGCAUUGAGGUGACGGCAUCGCUGGGGACGUUUGAGGAUGAAGCACAUUCGCAAGUGCGGCGCAGCUUUAGUGAGUACCUGGAGGAGGUACGUGGGUGGCCCUUCGGGCAGAUCUUGCAUUACAACAGCUGGUACGACCUCCGCUCCCCGUCCUGCGACGCUGCCGAUCGACGCUGCUUUGCGCACGAGAUGGGCGAGAAGAACUGUGCUGAUCGGCUGAAGGUCUUCAAUGGGAACCUGAGCCAUUGGACUGCCGAGCACCACUUAGACGCCUUCCUCUUGGACGAUGGCUGGGACAACCCCGACAGCUUGUGGGAGGUGGAUGAUGCCCGGUUUCCUGAGGGCUUUGCGCCGCUGGUGCGCCACGCCAAGCAGAUGGGCACUCGACUGGGCGUCUGGAUGUCUCCCUUCGGCGGCUACGGCGCGGCCGGCGCCCGGCGCGUGCGCUUCGGCGCGGCGAAGGGCUUCGAGCGCAGCAAGCGCGGGAGCUUCGCGCUGGCAGGGCCCAAGUACUUUCAGAACUUUCAGGCGAAGGUGAAGCAACGGAUCUCCGAAGGCUUUGGCAUCUUCAAGUUCGACGGCUUAGGCGGUGGCUUGGGCCAGAGCGGCGGCGAGGAGGAUCGCAACGACUUUGAGGCCAUGCUCUCCCUGCUCGAGGACGUGCGAGGAGAGGAGGGUGGGAAAGAGAUCUGGAUCAGCCUCACCAUUGGAACCUGGCCUUCACCCUUUUGGUUGCUCUGGGGGGACUCCAUCUGGCGCGACGGCCCCGACGUGGGCUUCGAGGGCCGCGGCAGCGCCCGCGACCGCUGGUUGAGCUUCCGCGACCAUGCGCUGCAGCGCGCGCAUGCGCGGGGGCCGCUGUUCCCGAUCACGGGGUUCAUGCAACAUGGAGUGGUGUGGAGCAAGACGGCGGAGACCAGUGAGAUGUGGCCAGCCGAGCGACCACUGGUGGACUUCUGCAAUGAAGUGCUCACCUUCUUUCUGGCAGGCACAGGGCUUCAAGAGCUUUACAUCCAAAUGGAGCUGAUGGACGACCUGAAGUGGUCCGCCCUGGCGCAGAUCUCCGCCUUCGCCCGGACGCAGAUGCACGUGCUGCGCGAUGCGCACCUGGUCUCGCUGGGGGAGGGGCCUCUCUAUGGAAGCGCCGCCUUGGAGGUGUCCUCUCAGGACGGCCUUCUGUGGCUGCGGAACCCCACGGCAGCCACCGAGCGCGGGAGCUUUAACCUCGGUCAGAUCCUGGAGCUUCCCGCGCGCCUCGUGCGGAGCACCUGGGAGCUCCAGCCGCUCCAGCUGGGCCCCUGCGGACGGACGGAGACGGCGGCGCCGGGCGCCGCGAGGGCGGCGACGUCCGCGACGGAGGAGAUCGCGGUGACCUUGGAAGGCUUCGAGGUGAAAGCCUGGAAGGUGGGCAAAGCAGCUUCUGCAUCCGCGGGAUGA